GAACUGGGGACAGAACCCAGGAGUCCCAAUUCCCAGCUCCCCAGCUCCCAUCUCUGGGUGUUGGGUGCUGGCUGGGCCCAUGGCCUGGUCUGUUCUCCCCCCACAGGAGCCCCUCCAGCAGUGGGGUGAAGAGGUGGAAGACGGAGCCAUCUACAGCGUCACCCUGCAUCGGGUGAGGGCGGAGCCUGCGGCCAACGGGGGACCCUGCCCGCUGGCCGGAGUUGGCCCCCCCUGCCCCUUCGUGCAGUACCGCACCUGCAAGCUGCGCCGGCUGCGCGCUGGGACCCUGCCCCAGCUGGUGAGAGGCCUGGUCGCGGCCAGUGCAGAGAGCGACCCUGGCUACCUCCCCAGCUUCCUGGCCACCUACCGUGCAUUCGCCACCCCUGGCCGCGUGCUGGAGCUCCUGCUGCCGCUGGGCCCCGACAGGGCUGUGCUGCAGGUGCUGGAGCUCUGGCUGCGUGAUCACCCUGAGGAUUUCCGGGAGCCCCCCCAGCACCUCAGCCUGCGCCAGCUCCACGGCUACCUGCGCCAGGCAGCCCCGGGCUCGGAGGGGUGUGCGUGGGCCGAAGGGCUACUGCAGAGCUUUCAGGAGGAGCCGGGAGAUGAACAGGCAGAGCCUGAGAGUAAGAUACUCUGGGCUACAGCCCCUGCCUCUGCCUGUCCCCUGGCUACAGCCCCCACCUCCGCCUGUCCCCUGGCCACAACCCCCGCCUCCGCCUGUCCCCUGCCUCUGCCUGUCCCCUGGCUACAGCCCCCGCCUCUGCCUGUCCCCUGCCUCCGCCUGGUGGGCUCAUAA